GGGGUGUCUAGGGACGGGAUGAUGGUCGGUUCGAGUGCGGUGGUGGGGUGGAUGAACAACGAUGGUAAAUCCGGCACAGUAAAACAGUAUUUUCUAAGUGGACGUAUGACCAGUGAAGAAGGGAUACCAGAUAGAGGUGACUUGAAAUUCACCAAUGUUACACCUACCAUUGUUCUCAAGGACAAAAUGAUUUACAUGGGGUUUCAACUCCAGUUUCCCCAACGUCUCAAUCGGCAGCCAUUUCUAUUUGCUUGCGGGUUUGGCAAGCCUGCUGAGAACAAUAUCCUGCCGAAGCAUAAAUACAGAAGCUCCUUGGCAGUUGACUUCUCCAGAGGUGCUAUAUAUCUUGGUUUUGUAGACAGCACAAGCGUGAAGCUGACCCAUGGAAUAUUGGCUAUAACUGGAUGGGGCAUAAUCAUUCCAUUUGGAGUUCCUAUAGCCAGACAUUUUAGGCAGUAUGAGCCUUUAUGGUACUACCUUCAUUCAUCAAUUCAGUUUGUGGGCUUCUUUGUUGGUCUUGCUGCUGUGGCUGUUGGAAGGACACUCUAUGAUCUCAUCCAUGCUGAUUUUAAUUACCACAGAGUCCUUGGAUUCACUAUCCUCGCACUCAGUGUUCUUCAGAUAUGCCAAUUCAUUGUGAGGCCAUCCAGUAGCAGCAAGACCCAAGACUACUGGAACAAGAUCCAUCAUUGGGUGGGGAGACUGGUGAUUGUGCUUGCACCUGUGAACAUUUUCCUUGGGCUUUAUAAAGGAAAUGGAGCAAGAGGGUUGAUGAUAACAUUUUUGUGUUUCUUUUUUACUUUUCUUUUCAUCUCAAUUUAUUUGGAAAUACGGCUGCUGCUGCAGAAAAAAAGAGACCCAAAUACAAAGUUAACUGAGCCUCCUCUUUUUCAAGUACCUCCACGCAAUUCAUAGAUGUUUUCACUUUCUUUUUUAGGAUGGUUUACAUACUUGUGUACAUACCAACAACUCAGAGCCAAGGAAUUAGUGUGUUU